AUUGCUACUGUUUAAGAUGGCAGCCUUCAGAGGAGGCGACUGGUAGGAGAGAGACAAUGAGUACCACAUAUUCUGUACACGAUGAAGCAGGUAGAAAGGAAAUGAUACAAGAGAUGGACGUCAAAAAGCAUGAAAUGGAAGUCUUGCAAGUUGAGCUGAAGUCAUUGAAACCAGGAGCUAGAGUUUACAGGCAGCAACCAAACAGCAACAUAUUUUUCUGCUCAGACAGAGAGAAAGAAUUGGCCAGCUGUAAAAAAAUCUUAAAUGAAAUGAGGGAGAAGUGUGAAGCAGUGACUGGGGAUGACAAAUGCUGACUGGAAUUCUACAAUCACUGGUCAACGGUUGGAAGACUGACAUUGUUAUGACAGCAGGAUUAAAGAACUUGUUAUUGUAGCGUUCAAAUGACAACCAUGAGGGAAAGAUGCCGCACAGCAACAUUCAUUAUUGAAAUGCUGUCUCAGUGGGCUAGGUUAAUGUAUAGGAGCAGGUUCUAUGUAAAACCUUUGGAAGAUUGUUUAUGAUUAUUUUAAUCAUUUUGGGUAAAAAAAAAAGUCCUGCUAAAACAACUAGAAUCAAAAAUUAGAAAACGAAAACUAUUUAUCAAGAUUUUGGAGCACAGCUAAAGGAAAAAGCUGAAAUGUGGGAAAAAUCAAAGGUUUAAGUUCAAAUUAGAAAAUGACUUUGAAUAGGUGUCCGUGUUGGGAAAGAGG